AUGUUUCAAGAGCAGGUUAGGACUGAAAGGUUCGAGACCCAUCGGCAAAUCCUUGAGAGCAAGCUCAAGAAAGGAGAGCCCGUCAGCCCUCAUGUGCUCAAAAUGAUUGGAUUAUUCGAGAACAUGGAGAGGCUUGAUACGGGAUACUCGAAUGAGAUGGAAAUUGGCAUUAUUCUCCACUCGCUACAUAAAGAUUAUGAUCAGUUCAAGAUGACCUAUAACAUGCGCAGCAUGGAGAAAACCCUCACGAAGCUUCACAACAUGUUGAAGCAGGCAGAGAAAACGCUCAAAGAUGAGGGGAAGCAUGACAUGCUUAUGGCCAAGAAGGGCAAGCCCGGGCAAGAAGAAGGGCUAUAA